AUGGCACUCAUAUCUCUUGCAAGCCCGAUAUUUGCAUUGACCGUUGUUUCUCUUGUUUACUUUAUCUGGCUCGCGUUCUAUCGCCUCUGCUUCUCGCCCUUGGCACGAUUUCCUGGGCCCAAACUUGCUGCCGCUACGCGAUGGUAUGAGUUCUAUUUUGACUGGUGGCUUGGGGGGAAAUUUGUCUUUGAGGUCGAAAGAUUGCACAAUGAGUUUGGCCCCAUAGUUCGGAUCAACCCUGACGAGCUGUCCAUAAACGAUCCAGACUUCUACAACGAGAUAUAUGUUACCGAGUAUCGACGUCGUACUGAGCAUUAUGAUGUCUUUGCCAAGGGCAUCGACUUUGAUGGGUCAUUCUUGCUCACCAAAGACCAUGAUUUACAUAGAAAAAGACGAAGGCCAUUCGAGCCUUUCUUUUCCAAGAAAGGUAUCUCGUCUUUUCAGCUCAUUCUGGCUGAGAUUGCUUUGAAGUUAGAGUCUCGCCUUUGUGCCCUCGAAGGCACAGGACAGAUCAUUCGUCUUGACCACGCUUUCUCCUGUUACUCUGGAGACAUAAUGAGCAGGAUAUGUUUGGGGAAGGAUGAUUCCCGACCAAAUUUUCUGAGCGACCCAGACUUUUCACCGGGGUGGUACAAUGUUGUUCACAAGAUGGUGGUUCAAACCCCGUUGUUCACAGCGUUCCCAUGGCUCAUUCGCAUCGUCAGCACUGUGCCUCAGAAUUUGCUCCUAUGGGCAUUUCCCCAAGGUCAGGUGUUCAAUACGUUUACUCAAGAAGCAAGACAACACAUCAGGAAGAUUCUUUCUGAAGUCUCGGAUAAGAGAACAAAAGCCUCCGUGUUCCACACAAUUCUCACUAGCGAUAUGCCCGAAUCAGAGAAAACCGAGGAUCGUCUUACAAAGGAAGCACAAUCAAUGCUCGCGGCGGGGACUGUUACCACGGCGCGCACUAUUGUCGUGGCGACAUAUUAUAUCCUUUCACAACCCAACCUCCGGUCGCGCCUAGCAGCAGAGUUGAGUCAAACAAUGUCUUGUUGGCCUCGUCAUUCACCAACAUGGUCCGAGCUAGAGAAACUACCAUUACUGCAAGCCAUCAUCAAGGAAACGCUAAGAAUCAGCUACGGAGUUAUGCAUCGAUUACCCCGAAUCUCACCUCACGAGCCCAUUUUCUAUAAAAACUAUUUCAUCCCAGCAGGCAUACCCGUUGGAAUGUCUGCAUACCUGAUGCACAGCAACCCAGACAUUUAUCCUUCACCGCACAGCUUUGUCCCCGAUCGCUGGAUUGGCGACAUCGAUCCAGCCAUGAAUCGCAGCUGGGUUCCCUUUUGCAGAGGUUCGCGAAAUUGCAUUGGAAUGAACUUAGCAAUGGCGGAGAUGAGUCUCAUUUUGGCGGUAUUAUUCCGGCCCAACAGUCCCAAGCUGGAGCUCUUUGAGACCGAUGAGAGUGACGUGACGCUCGUGCAUGACUUUUUGAUACCGCUUCCAAGGCUAGAUACGAAGGGUGUUCGAGCGACUGUGGGCUGACUCGCGAGCUUUGCGGGUUCACGAUCUAGGGGUUGGUCAUGCCGGGUUCUGAGAAUUGGGCCAGUGAUCCACUACCUACCUUUCC